UUGAAUUAAUCAGAUUCAAAAUGAGUAUCAAGAAAUUCCCAUUUGAAAUUAGACCUCUACAACCUGAACUGGAUGAAAAGAUCAAGUCACUGUUUUUAGGUUCGAAAGAGGGAUCUGUGGAAAUUGGCCCAAAAAAAUAUAUAUUUAGAUCUGAAUAUGGCCAAGCAGCUGAAACUAUAUACAAUUUUCAAGUAAGACCGGAUGAUGUGUGGGUCGUUACAUUUCUAAGGUCAGGUACUACUCUGAUGCAGGAGAUGGCAUGGUUGAUACUGAACGACGAUUACGAUACGGCGAAGAACGUUUCACGUUUUAAAAGGUUUCCCUUUCUAGAGAUAACAACACUGAGGCCAGACCAUGUUUGGGCAGAGAUAAAAGAGGAAAUGAGGAAUGAUCAAAAACUGUGGGAAGACUACAAAGAGUCGGUGAUACCCCAAUGGGAAGUUUUAGAAAAUACAGUAGGUAGGAGAUUCAUUAAAAGCCAUUUACCCUUGUCCCUGUUACCUCCGACCCUGCUCACAUCAGGAGCAAAGGUGAUCUAUGUUGCACGAAAUCCAAAGAAUGCAGCUGUGUCACGAUUUCAUCAAGACCGUUCGUUAAGAAUAGCCAGCUAUAUAGGAAAUUUUGAACAGUACUGGGACCUCUUUGAGAAAAACUUAAUAUAUUACACACCAUAUUGGGAACAUUUAGAAGAAGCAUGGCAGCAAAGAAGUAACAAAAACCUUUUGUUCUUCUUCUUCGAUGAUGUGAUAAAGGAUUAUAAGAAAGCUAUUGUGGAACUGUCAAGUUUUUUGGAAAAAACUAUGAGCGAUGAACAAAUAUCGAAGCUAGCAGACUACCUGCACAUAGAUAAUUUUCGUAAGUCUGAACAACUUCAAAUAAACUCUAUGCUAAAGAUUAUACGAGAAAGUGGGCGAGAACCCUACCAACACGUUAGAACAGGAAAAUCCGGUGACUGGAAUGAUUAUUUUACCCAGGAGAUUGAGGCAAGAGCAAAUAAGUGGAUAGAAGAAAAUUAUAAAAAUACUACAUUAAGGUUUCCAGUAAAAUUGUAUUAAUUAUUUUGGGCAGAUCAAAAUAUAUACUUGUCAUUAGAA